AUGUCGGCAGGUAACAGAAAUAGCUAUAAGAAUCCAUCAUAUUUUGGACCUGAUACGGUGUAUGACACGUGGAAAAAUGAGUUAGAAAUAUGGCGUCGGGUCACCGACCUGGACGCAGACAAGCAAGCAUUGGCCAUCACAUUGUCGCUGACUGGAAGAGCGAGGGAGAGGGCUGUCCAAAUACCAGCUGAUUAUUUGGAUUCAGAACGUGGCGUUGAUAUUCUAAUUGCCAAAUUAGAUGAUGUUUUCAAGAAAGAAACGAAAGAUGCCACAUAUGAGGCUUAUUUAAGUUUUGAAAAUUUUAGAAAGACAGACGACAUGUCAAUUGAAACCUACGUUAUUGAAUUUGAAAGACUGAAUACCAGACUGGUUAGAUACGGAAUGGAGUUACCUGAUGCUGUGUUGGCAUUCAAGCUCCUUGACAAUGCUUGUCUCUCCACACAGGAACGUCAAAUGUCAUUGACUGCUGCUGCAGAUUUAACAUAUUCUGACAUGAAAUCAGCUUUAAAGCGGAUAUUUGGAGCCAAAAUUCCAGAUGUUCCUACAUCUAGUGUGAAAUUGGAAGUAAAUGCAACAGCAAGCUCAAGACGGUUUAUAAGAGGAAAAUAUCAGACUUCUGAGAGCAGAAAUGAUCAGACACUUGAAGAUCCAGUUAAAGGAACUAACCCAUUAAACAGAUUUGGCAAGCGUUCAAGAUGUGCUAUUUGUCAGUCUACAUACCAUUGGGCGAAAGACUGUCAACAUAAAAAGGAAUCAGUCAAUAUUGCUACGAAUAAAGAUGAAGACACUGAUGAUUGGUGUAAUAUUACAUUAUUAGUUGACAACAAACAAAAAUCUCAGUUACAGUUUGUGUUCGAUGAAGAACAAUUAGACAUCUUUGUAGUGGAAUCAAGUGGAGCAGGUGUAUUAGAUACAGCAUGCACAAAAACAGUUUGUGGUUGUCAAUGGUAUAAUGAUUAUUUAUCAAGAUUUCACCCAAAUUUAGUGAAAUUAAUACAGACUUUUCCAAGUGAUAGGACCUUCAGAUUUGGUGAUGGUGUCUCAGUGAGAUCUUUGAAAAUGGUAAAAAUUCCAAUUGUCAUGGGAAGACAAAGGUGCAUGUUGGAGGUUGAAGUUGUGGAUACUAACAUUCCUCUGUUAUUGAGUAGAUCAUCCUUAAAGAAAGCAGAUGCAAGUCUUGAUUUAAAAAAUGACAGUGCUACAAUGUUUGGACAUAAUGUCAGGCUAGAUUUCACAGCCAGUGGACAUUACUGUGUUGAUUUAUUGCCUUGUGUUAAUGAUGAACAAUUUCAUGAUGUUUUGUUUAAUUUUGAUGAAUUAACUACUAAAGAGAAACAAAAGACAUUAAUUAAACUUCACAGACAGUUUGUCCCUACCAGUCCCAAUCUUCCUAGUGUGCUGCAAGAUAGUUUACCAGCAUUAGAUGGAUCUUCAACCAGUAGAACUGUUGCUGAACAUUUGUCAACCCUUCACAAAGCUAGAACAGAAUUUACUAGAGCAGAGUGUUCUGAUCGGAUCAGACGUGCUUUAAAAAGUAAUGUUAGAACAUUUAAUGACACUGUUUUUAAUUCUGGUGACAAGGUUUUUUAUAAACGUCCAGAUAGUGAUAAAUGGAAGGGCCCAGGUAUCGUCAUUGGCAUCGAUAGUUCUGUUGUUUUUGUACGCCAUGGAGGAAGUUGUGUUCGAGUUCAUAAAAGUAGAGUCAUCAAACAGCAUGAAAAUGAUACAGUGAGCAAUGAUCAAAAUAUUGAUACUGAGGAUGAUGUUACAGUUGAUAAGAAACUUGAUAAUGAGUCUGAAAAUGAAACUUCAUCUGACAAUCAGGAUAAUGAUGAUCAUCAUGCAGUUCAUAAUGAUAAUCAUCAACCUCUGAAACUUAAAGCUGGAAUGUUGAUGUCAUUUAAUGAAAAGGGUAGUCAGGUUACUAAAAAGGUUAGAAUUAUGAGUCGUGCCGGAAAAGCUACUGGAAAACAUAAAGAUUGGUAUAACACAGAGAUUUUGGAACCCGUGGGUGAUAGUGGAUCAAGAGCCUUUGAUUUAUCUGAAGUGGAAAAUCUUAAAGAACUUGAUAAUUUAGAUGAUGAAAAUGUUAUGAAAUAUAAGACAACCAUUAAUGAUAUAAGUAAAACAUUACGAUGUUGA